GUACAUAGUUGAAAAUUCAGUGGGGGCUCGCAAGGAUAAGGGUGCUCCCGUUGUAAACAAGUGUAUAAUAUUGAUUACUUGUGUGCCGUUCUUUUCUGAUCGUACGUUUCAGUGUAAAGUUUGUGUUAAUCAGUGUAAUAAACAUGACUUCUGGAUCACGUCACAGAGAUCGUGAUAGCAAAGAUAGAGAUCGUGGACGAGAUCGUGACAGGGAUCGAGAUAGAGACAGAGAUCGAGACCGUGAUCGUGAUCGUGACCGUGAUCGCGAUCGCGAUCGUGAUAGAGACCGGGACAGAGAACGUGAUCGCGAUCGUGAUCGUGAUCGAAGACACGACCGCGAUCGAAAAAGGUCGAGAAGUCGAGAUCGCCAUGAUCGCCGCAGGGAUCGCAGGAGCAGAGACAGGCACAGAAGCAGAGAUCGGGACACAAGAAGCAGAGAUAAAGAGACGAGUAAUAUCUUGGAACCUAGUCUUCAAUAUUCUAUUUUAGAAAAUAUAAUUGGAGCUACUACUUCUAGAAACUUUACAGGUUUAUUAACGGCUCAGCAGAUAAACCAAAUGAGUGGUAAUGGAUUAGGAGCUCCCCAUGUUGAAACUGCGGAAGAGGCAAGGGCUAGAAGGAAACGAUCACGUUGGGGCGGUGGUGAACAUGAUAAAACAUUCAUUCCUGGUAUGCCUACAAUCUUACCUCCUACUCUGUCCAAGGAACAGCAGGAAGCAUAUCUAAUUCAGCUGCAAAUCGAAGAAGUCAGUCGCAAGCUUCGCUCUGGUGAUCUAGGCAUUCCAGCAAAUGUUGAAGAAAGAUCACCAUCACCUGAGCCAAUUUAUAGUUCUGAUGGUAAACGGUUGAACACAAGAGAAUUUCGCACAAGGAAAAACUUGGAAGAGCAACGUCAUAAUCUUAUUUUGAAAAUGCAAACUAUCAAUCCAGAAUUUAAACCACCAGCUGAUUACAAACCUCCUGUUAUAAGAGUAAGUGAUAAGGUUGUGAUUCCACAAGAACAGCAUCCAGAUGUUAAUUUUGUUGGAUUACUCAUUGGACCACGUGGAAACACACUCAAAUCAAUGGAGAAAGAAACGGGUGCAAAGAUUAUUAUCCGCGGUAAAGGCUCAGUCAAAGAAGGUAAAGUUGGUAGAAAAGAUGGACAACCUUUGCCAGGAGAGGAUGAACCCUUGCAUGCUUUUAUCACAGCCAGCAAUCCUGAAUAUGUUAAAAAGGCUGUGGACAAGAUUAAAGAAGUUAUCAGACAAGGAAUUGAGGUGCCCGAGGGUCACAAUGACUUGAGGAGGAUGCAGUUAAGAGAACUGGCACAGCUUAAUGGUACUCUAAGGGAAACUGACGGUCCUCGGUGUUCUAAUUGUGGCUCUACUGAGCAUAAAAGUUGGCUGUGUCCGGAUAAACCUAAUGUUACAAACAAUAUAGUUUGUUCUUCAUGUGGUGGUGCUGGUCAUAUAGCACGAGAUUGUCGCAGUAAAAGGCCUGGAAUGGGUGGUCCACCACCUGCAACUGCGCAAGCUAAAAUUGAUGAAGAAUAUUUGUCACUUAUGGCAGAGCUGGGCGAAGGACCUCCUCCAGAUAGCUCACAGGCAGGCGCUGCUAGAAAAACAGCAGUUUCUGCUCCUCGAGGUGUAUUUGAUAUGCGAAAUGCAGCUCCUCGUGCUAUAAUGGCACCACCAGGAGCCAUGCCUCCUCCCGGAAUGCAUCCACCAUGGGGAACACCACACUGGAACCUUCCACCUCCUCCAGGAGGCAUGCCUCCUCCAGGUGCCAUGCCUCCAAUGAUGCCAUGGAUGGGUCCGCCACAUAAUCAACCCCCUCCUCCAGGAAGCGGUCCAUCGCCAUCUCCUGCAAUCCAUCCUCCAGGCAGUGAACCCUCUGAAACUGGUUCUAUAAGUUCAAGUAUACAAAGCAAUGGAGCAGCAGGUGCUUCAACUACAAAUGGAACUGCUCCCCCACCACCAGGAAUGGCACCUCCAGGUAUGGGUGCUCCUCCCACGCCCCCAGGAAUGUGUCCACCUGGUCCACCUCCGCCAGGAAUGGGACCACCAAUGCCACCACCAGGAAUGGGCCCGCCAGGUGCUAGAGGCAUGCCUGCCCCUUGGCAAAUGGGACCACAAUUCCCAUGGGGUGUGCCGGGUGCACCGGGUACACCAGGUAUGCCAGGAUUUAUGGCAGGACCUCCACAGCCACCACCUCCUGGUCCACCUGGUCAGCAGCAGACUAACCCAAUGGCAAGUCUGCCUACUCUAUUAGCACAACCACCUCCACCUCCCCCAAGUUAAUUAAAGUAGACUAGUGUAUAAAAAGAUGAUAUCAAAGCGUUAUUUAUAUAGGAAUUAUGUAUAUUUUUCAUCCUCUGUUUUGACUAAUUUUAAUUUUGAAAUUGAAAAACUUGACACUGAUGAAUUCCUCUUAAAAAAUGAUGUAGAAAUAUAUUCAAUUUGUGACUCUUUUUAUUGUUUACUGUUAAUGAAGUUCUUGCUUGUUAUUUUGUAUAGAGAUAUUUUAAUUUAUCUUUAAAUAUUUUAUAUUUAAGCAGUUGAUAGGAAUUUAAAAUUAUUAAAACUAUCUUUUUAUCUAUUAAUUCUAUUAAAGCCACAAUGCAGUGAUCCAAUUAUUUGUGAUAGCUGUUUAGAUUUAAGAUGAGUUUGAGCUAACUAUUUUUUAUUUUUUACUUUGUAAGUCUUUCAAUGAAUUG